AUGAAGCAAACAACAACUCUGGCGACUGCUUUUAUCUCUAUCCUUUUUCAUUCACGGGUUACAAGUCAAUUACCUUUGAAUAGUCACGAGUCUCAAUCGGUAGAUUCAGAUUGGAAAGCUUAUAUCAACUGGCCGUCAUCUCCUGCAAAAGCAUCAGAACCAGACGAGGUGAACAGUGCUCCAAGUACAAGCACAAACGUGCAAUCGAACGUCCACGCUGAGGAAAGUCUUAAAAAGAAUUUUAAGUAUUCAAAAGAGAAAAGAAAGCUAGAUCAUCUGAAAAUGAGGGAAGAUCCAGAGAGGUGGCAGCUUGAGCUAAUGCGAAAGAGGCAGUCAUAUCAUCUUAGAAAGAUUUACCGCUCUCAAGAAUUCAAACGUUUAAGCAAAGCAGAACAAAGGGUCACCAUUCAAGCAAGAAAAGAAAUGUUCCGUAAAACACACUGUAAGGGUUUUAGAACUGACGCAAUCGGUAAUAUUCGUGUACAGCGGAAACAACUGAAAGCAAUUGGAAGCCGUGAAGCAUCUCCCGAUUGGUUUCGUGAAUUGGAAUCUCAAAACUUUGAUUGGGGCAACAUUGUUGAUCUGCCUUCAUCACCUGAGAGAGGGGUUUCUUUUCAUAAUUCAAACGAAGAGCCGCAUCCAUCAAUCCAAUCGAAUCAUCCUAAUAGCGAGACACCAAAGGAUGAUAGAAACACACAUGGACAUGGCAACAACAGCGAGAAGUCAAACACGAUUAUUUCUCGGGAAAGAAGGCAAAAGCAAGAGAACAGUCGUCGAUAUUAUGACAAGCUUCGAAGUGAUCCCAAAAGAUUGGCAUUAGCCAGAGCUCGCGAUAAGAGUAGACACCUAAAACGAAAAGUGGAAGCACAAGAAAGAUUAAAUAGUCUACCACAAGCAGAAAGAGAAGCUGAGAUUGCAAGUCAAAAGUCAAAAAGAUCUGAGUAUAAUAAACGAUAUCAUGAAAAACACAGUGACCUAAUCAGGGCAAAAAGGAAAAUAGCAAAUAAACCGAUCAAAGUUUAUAAACUGUCCGAAACAGAGCGAGAAAUAGGCAAGAGAAAAAUGCAAUUAAGUCGUGCUCGGAAGAGAGAGAGAGAGAAACAGCAAAAACAGCCCUUAUCUCCACAACAACAGCUUCCAGCACAAAAGAAUCCCUGGUCACAUAAUCGUAACCCCCCGAGCCACCUUAAGGGUGAUGGUAAUUGGCUCUAG